AUGAAUCAUUCUCACUUAUUUCAGAUCCGCAAAACCAAACAUAUUUUUACCAUGCAAAUGAUUCACAAUUUAUUUGGACAUCUAAAUAUUAAAGAUAUUAAACGUACCAUUGAUGCAAAAGUCAUUGGUAGUUUACGCAGCGAUAUGAUCGAUUGGACUGGAUUAGACCAUGUGUCACCUGCAUGCAGGGUAAGGCAAGAAGACAUAAACAUAUUUCUAAAUCUCGUCUACAAUAUCAAAAAGAAUAUGGUCCAUUUGAAUAUAUUCAUACUGACUUGUAUGGUCCAGUUAAUCACAUCACUGCUACCUCUCCUAAAUAUUUUAUUGCCUUCACUGAUGAAAACACUCGUUUUAGAUGGGGUUUUCCACUUCGCAAUAAAACUAAAGAAUCUGUUGUUCGUAUUUUUAAGAAUUUGGUUAAAUUUAUUGAUAAUCAGUUCAGCGCGAAAGUUCUCUGUUUUCACAUGGACCGUGGUUCUGAAUUUACCAACACUUUGA